AUGGAGUUGAAUAUUUAUCCUUAUAUUUGCGAUCUUAUCUAUUUUAUUGAAAAUCAAAUUGAGAAAUGCGGGGCGGGGACUGUUCAUACAGGGCAGCUCAAGAUGGAACUAACUUAUUUAUUACCACUUGUUGACCGUUGCCUUUCAUGGUUGCGCGUGGAUGAGGACAAUGAUCUGAAUGCACUUUUGAAUCGUAUCAACAUGUUGAUCACAAAGGCAAAACAGGACCUUGACUUGCUUUGUGAUAUUGGAAGUUCUAAACUGGAUGAUGCUAUUUGUGACAUACUUGAAGAGAUUUGGCUACUCAAGCCAGACAUUGUUUUAGUUCUAAGACUAUUUCCGAAGCUCCUCCCAGCAUUUUCUACUACUCCAUUGCUCGAUAAAGUCCUGGUUGGAUACAUCGAAUCCCUCGUUGACAAUCUGGUGUUCUUGCUGAACAACAAGGCAGAUUUUGUUGCUCCUUUCAAGGAAGAAGUUGAAGUUCUCAAAGGAAAUUUAAUUUUUCUUAAAGGUUUUGUUUCCUUCAUACUAGAGAACUCUGAUCAUCGGUUCGGCGACUUCAGCCAUUUCUGGAAUCAUGUCACAGCUGUGGCCAAAAAAGCAGCGAGCUGUACUUCUUCUUUACUUUGUUUGGCACACAAAUCGGAUGAUUGCAUUGGUUUCAUGCCUGUAGAUCUACUACAGAGCACUAAACCUGCUAAAUCGGAUGUCACUUGUUUUUAUGUUGGAGGCCUGAAACUUUUACCCUCACGGAUAAUGUUUACUAGAAAAUUGGAUGUCUUUGCAUCGGACUUUGUUAAGUUCAUGCUAGAAGCACCGAUGACUAAGCUCAAUUCCAGUUCCUAUCUACUGGUCUACAAAGAUCGUGUUCAAAAUCUCCAAAUUUUGCUCAGGUCACUGCUGUUAUAUAUCUUAUGCCACAAUAUCCACAAUGAAAGCUUGGUAAUCUUUGAUCUUGUAGUCAAUGAGUUUUGGUCGUUCAUUUACUCAUUAGACAACCGAGAAAUGAAUGAAGAUUUGGGCAACGAAUUUGAUCUUGCUAUAUCUCAUUUGGUGCAAAAGAUGAAGCCUCUGGCAUCAAAGAUCUUAGAGAUACAAAAGCCAGCAUUGCCCUUUUCCCCGAUUGAUAGUAUUGGAUGUAUAGAUUUGGUGUCACAGAAUUUGCAGAGAUUGUUGGAUCAUAGGAUUGAUUUGAUUUCUCCGGUAACACAUCAGAUUGAAGUUGUACUGGCUGAGAUUAAAAUUUACAAACCUUUUCUUGAAGCUAAUGUUGACCAACAAGGCAAGUUAUGUAAGGAAAUGCUACAUGCUUGCAAAUAUUUGACUGGUUUAUUUGCCAAAUUUGAGUAUCUUGUUGACACGUUCCUGGUUGAUCCUUCUCCCUCAUGGGAGGAUCAGUUAGGCGAUGUCGUUCAAAAGAUCAAGUUCUUCAAGGAAAUUGUUGAAUUUGAGUACAUCUGCAAAGAAGAGAAGGAUGUCAGAAGUGAUUGUCAAACAUCAAAACCUAGCACGCCAAUCAUUGAUGAAGCAGUUGUGGGCUUGGAGGAUCAGAUAGAAAUAUUAAGGGAACGGCUAAUUCAUGGAGAGCGCAAGCGUGAAAUCAUUCCUAUCAUUGGUAUGCCAGGGAUUGGGAAGACAACACUCGCCAAAAGAAUUUACAAUGACAGAAGAACUUCAGAUCACUUUGAUAUUCAGGCAUGGUGUUCUGUUUCUCCUAGACAUACGGCGAGUGAGUUGGUGCAAGAUAUUUUAAUAUCUAUCGUUGAUCUGAACGAUGACAUUUACAAGUCAAAGGAUCUAGAGAAAGAUUCUCCUGACCUUGUACGCCAACGGUUAUUUGGGAGAAGAUACCUUAUUGUUUUAGAUGAAAUGUGGAAUUCUCAAAUACUUGAUGAGUUGCAGCUGUGUUUUCCAGAUAAUCAAAAUGGAAGCAGAAUUCUAGUUACCAUUGGCCAAAAAUGUGAGGGUCUAUAUUUUGAUGAACCUCUUUCGGUUCGCUUGUUGACUCCGGAAGAAAGUUGGGAGCUCUUACAAGUGAAGUAUAAUCACCUUCGCUUCUGUAAUCAAGGAGAAUCUCGCAAACCCCCAAUUCCUAAUGAGAACUGUCCUGCUGAAGUUGGGAUGGAAAUUGCGGUAAAAUGUGAAGGGCUACCUCUGGCCAUUGUUCUGGUAGCUGGGUUUCUUGUCAAUACAGAGGAUGACAAAGAUUGGCUAACCAUUACUACACAGGCCUUCAUGACUACACAGAUCAGUUCAGAAAUUUAUGCAUUCCCGAAGAGUACAGAAAUUCCAGUUUCAAAACUAAAAUGGUUAUGGGUUAGUGAAGGAUUUGUAAAGAAAGAUGAGGUGAAGAAACCAGAGGAGGUAGCAGAAGAUUACCUGAACGAUCUUAUGGGGAGGAGCCUCACGCGAAAAGUUCUUGCCAGUGGCAUGGCGGUUCUCGCGUUUCUCUCAGGGUACACUUUUUGA